AUGCCUAUUGCCCACAAUCUCAAGAAGGUGGCUAAGAAUGUCGCCAAGUCGCUGGCGGCAAUCCAUGUCAAGGGUAGAAAGUUCAAACAGCUCAACAGAGCUACCCAGAGAGAUGAAAAGAUCACCGCAAAGAAAGCCAAAGCUCUUCAGCAAAGAACCAACAACCAGGCUCUUUACUACUUUCUUCAACAGUUGAUUAACGAUGACGAGGACCUUGCUAAGAUGGAAGUGUUCUCUCUUUCCCAAUUGAAGAAGAUGAUUGAAAUGCAUGUUUCACGCCAUGACGAUGAGUUAGAAGAACUCCGCCUGCAGAGACGUCCAGGACGUCCGAUGACUUCGAAACAUCAGAUCCUAGAGGAAAAGGUGAAGCACGACCGUCAUCUUUGGGACACAGGUAUUAAAGCACCGGAUCUCACGGAUAAGGAUACAGUCGCUAACCUUCGCAAAUGGAAUGGGACCCUGGGUGGGCUCACAGUGAUGAAGCAUAUAGAUGUUAGCCUGAAAACUGAGAUUGAUGAAAUGGAAGAGUAA